GUGUCAGACAGGUGGAGGUGAGCAGGGUGUAGCCUUUCUGACGCAGCAGGUGUCUCGGUGGAUGUGUUGUUUUCUGUCUCCUCGAACAACCAGGUAACCAUUACAGGUCACAAUCUAAAGUCAGGAAUCAUGGCGCAGAAGAUAAAGGUCGAAUACUGCGGCGGAUGAGGCUACGAGCCUCGCUUCCAGGAGCUGAAGCGGGGAAUCUGCGCCAAGUUUCCGGAUGCCGAGGUGUCAGGCUUCGUGGGCCGAAGAGGAAGUUUUGAAGUACAGAUCAAUGAACAUCUGGUCUUCUCAAAAUUAGAAACAGGAGGUUUCCCUUAUGAAGAGGAUAUCAUGGAGGCCAUUGUUAAAGCUAAGGAUGGAAAGCCUGAAAAGAUCACCAGAAACCGUAAAGAGUGCAUCAUCCUCUAAAGCCUUGACCUCUGAUGGCCAUCACCAUCUCCUCUGUCCGAUGCUCACAAGCACAUUAAUACUCCGUCGCAGGAAAUGGUUUCAUUGUUUUUAAAGCUCUUCACUCUUUCCUUUAUCACUUUAGGUUUUUUGGACAUAAAUGAUUGCCAUAGCUCAAAGUUCAAAAGUUAUGGUAUGAAGCUUUAGUCCAGAAAACUCUGAACCCGAAAUAGUGUAAUAAAGAAGAUAGUGAAGAACAGAGUUCUUUUUUUAAGUUUUAUUUCAGUUUUCCUGAAGGAAUAAUCGGUGUAUUCAAGAGAUAGCCUAGUUUCACCUUUUAGAUACCUAAAACUUACAUUUAUUGAAUAGGAUUUCAAAGAUAAAGCUGUAGAAUGGUUUUAAGUGGGGACAAAAAAUACAAAAAUAAUUAGAAGGUAGGUAAGUGGUUAAAUUACUUAAUUUGGAAAAAAAAAAAAAUUCUUAGAGUACUGAAACUGAUUUAACUAGCUUGAAUAUAACUAAUAAUUGUGGUCCAUGUAUUGUAAAAAAAAAAAUCUAUCAAUAAAUAGUUCCUGAAAAUA